AAGAAAAGAAAAAACAAGAAAAAUAACAGGGGCCAAAACCCUUGAGAGAUUGACCCCGCUCAUUUCUCCAAUUCACAGUCUCACUCUGCUCGUGUCUGUAAAUAAUGGCUCGAGAAGAUUUAGACCUCGGUGCUCUAAACCAUGCUCUGAGCUCUGCUCAAAUUUCGAAAGACAAAGAACCGGCUGCUCCCAGCUACAGCAACGAAGACGACGCUGGUGGCGUGCAGAUCACGUGCUUCACUGAAGUCGUCAACGAAACUACUUUCCACUUCCAAAUCAUGCGCCUUCCCAAGCAGAUAUAUGCAUGGAUUGGCUGCAACUCUGCAAAAUUGGGACAUUUGUAUGCAGCAGCACCCAUGAGACCUAACAGUACAGUGGGUGUUACAUCCAUACUUGGUGGGGCUUCUGAUAAUACAGGGUCGAGCAUUGCUCGAAGAUUAGUUUUAAAGACGGGACUGAAUAUAAUUCUGGCUUGCAACAUUCCUAAGAAUAGCCCCAUGCUUGAGGCAGAUGCUGAAAAGUUGUUGGUUCAGAAGCUAAUCAGUCUUGGGUACACAAGGCCAAAGUCGGAUUGUCUUCAUAGUUGAGGUUUUUCUGAACCUGCUGUUUAUCAGGAAUGCAUACUGGUCCGAUUAUAGUCGUCAAGCUAACACUUUUUCAAGCCAUGUUGUGCUUAAACAAGUAUCAAUUAUGUGGGGGGUCUGAGACAGUUGAUCAAGAUUGUGUUCUGAUUGCAAAGUGCUGAGAUUGAAAUAUGAUUUUUGAUGUUUGGCAGGAGUGUAAUGACGAGCAUAGUUUUGUAGCAUUUGGUGAUUGGUUCUGUUU